AACAAAUGAGAGCCAGAUGAGCUGCAGACUAAGGGCGCGCCGACAUGGCCCAGAACGCGAAGAUAGCAGGCCUCACGGAUGAGCUUGUACAUUCGAUCCUGCAGUUCGACCCUACCACUAACAAACAGGCGUACAAACGCGCCAAAGACCUCGCAGCAAGAGGCCUGCGCGGGCAUCAGUAUGCUCGAACGAACCAAUUUGAUGUCAAGAACAUUUUUGCCGGACUGGACGAGAAAUGCCGCAUCAAGAACCGCGAUGAUCUGGCUGAUGCGUUGCAGCUGAGACUACAGAAGCUGGAGGGCAUUAGCAACAGGUUCAAACCUGAAUUCCUCUCACUGCUCCUUCAGCUUUCUGACAGACCGCUGGAGAACACGCGUGUUGAGGCACUGGACCUGCUGAAGCCACCGAGUCCACCGCUGCAGCUAACAUGGAACGAGAUACUGGAAGGGGAUCCGUACAGUGAUGAGGACAUAUGGAAGGACAUUGACUACGCCGUUGAGUCGUCUGGCGAUGAACAAAUCCCUCCAAAGCGCAAGAAACAGCAGCCCACACCUGCGACCAGCGUUGAUGAGGAUGAUACAUACGAUCCAGGGACUUGCAUCGAUCCAACCAACGAUGCGCUCGUGUCAGACGUCGAAGCAGCACGAUUCUGGUCCUCCCACCCAGCUGAAGAUGGCGCCAAGAUUGAUAUCAUGGAGCUUCAGGCUGUUCGAGAGACACUGUUCAUGCUCGCUGGGCUACAGACAAGCCUAUUCACCGUGGACAAGGAACGAAGCAGUGUACGCGUCAACGCACGCUUCAAGCUGAGCCAAGCCAUACCCGCCACCAUCGAUCACCUCUUAUCCCAACUUGCGAGUAUCGGCAAAGACAUACUUCGGCUGAGACAGUGGACGAGACGGCCGUCUACACUACCGCUUAUCCAGACAUUCGAAGCCGCCACCCGAAAACGCCUUUUGGAUUACGAUGAUCGCCUAUCGCAACUGCAACGACGCUACCUUGUUCCUAAGUCCCCUGUAGCAGUGAGCUUGCUGGCCUUGUACAAUGAUGUCCUGGUCGAGUCCGAGCAAAUACUACGCCUUUCGCAGAUCGUAUCGGACGUCGAGCCACGGCUACUCAUUAACCCAUUCAGCCAUUUGGAGGAGCUCUUUACCCAGACUACACUUGCUCAAAUGACACUCCAGAAAUCGAGUUUUGACUUCUUCUCGACAAUGCUCUUCGACUGCCUGCGAACUUACCUCAAGCCUAUCCGGCGAUGGAUGGAGAACGGCGAACUAGGAGCCAACGACGAGACAUUCUUUGUUUUCCAGAACGACUCAGGCAGUGAUGUCGCCUCGAUGUGGCAUGAUCGCUAUGUGCUUCGCCGUAAUGCGCAGGAUCAGUUGCGGUCACCAUCUUUCUUACAACCUGCCGCCUUGAAGAUCUUCAACACUGGAAAGAGCGUCAUAUUCCUCAAGGAGCUUGGACACGGUUAUGCACUCCUGAACGAGCUCGAUUCUGAGCCAUCCCUUGAACAUCAUUCUGUCUGUGGUCACUCAGACGACGUUCCUCUAUCGCCCUUUCCAGAGCUAUUCAAUGCUGGCUUCGAGAGGUGGAUUCGGAGCAAGUACUCCUUGGCAUCUGCGUCCCUGCGUACGCAUAUCUUCGAUACUCAGGGCCUCAUGCGCAUUUUGACCAUCUUCCAAAUGCUGUACCUGGGCAGCAACGGCGCUGUGUUCGAAAACUUCGCGAACGCUAUCUUCGAGCGCAUGGAUUCUGGACAUCGAGGGUGGAGCGACCGAUACAUGCUGACGGAGCUCGCUCGGAGCAUCUUCAGUGACGUGCUACAGGCACAAGAUGCUGAGAAGAUCGUGGUGCGCUCAGCAAAGAGCAAGGAUCAGGGUCCGUCCGUCAAAGGACUGGCCGCUGUGUCUGUUGACUAUUCGCUGCACUGGUCGAUUCUGAACAUCACACAACGCACCGCGAUGCCCAUCUACCAACAGUUCCACACCGCCCUUCUGCAGACGUACCGCGUCAAAUACCUUCUUCAACGAGCUCGACCCACGCGGUCUCACAAGAUCAAGAACGCUGCACAGCUCAUCUACAAACUCCAACACCGACUCACUUGGUUCGUCGAUAUACUCCGCUCCUACUACACUGAAACGGUCGUUGCGUUCACAAGUCGAGACAUGGAGGCCGCAAUGGGGAAGGCUGAGGACAUCGACCAGAUGGCAGACGUCCACGUCAAGUACGUGGCGAAGCUACAGGAGCGAGCGUUACUGUCGAGCGACCUCCAGCCUCUCCACAAAGCUGUCAUUGAGAUGCUGGAUGUAGGUGUACUUUUCGCGAAAACCGUCACAGAAUUAGAUGGAAGCAAAACCGUUCGCACACGGCCGUCCGCGCCACAGAGGAAGAGUAGCGCGCCGUUGUUGGACCAAGUGCAGCUCUCGGACACAGAUGACGAUGUGGAAGGCGAUGGAGGUGUUGCUGCGAGCAAAGCCGCAAGACGCUCAAUAGGCCGCAGUCCUACAGAAGCGCUUCAGAUGGUCGACAAAGAGUUUACUCGACUCCUACCCUUCAUCACCGCAGGUCUGAGAAGCGUAGGUAGAGUCGGCGCCGAACCGAUGUGGGAGCAGCUAGCCGAGCGACUGGAAUGGGAAUGCAAGAAGGACCGUUACUAG